AUGGGGAUGGCUAUUAUUCACAUCAUACUCGCUUUGUGCGGGUUCAUCUUGAUAUCAAGUACUGCCGCCGAACUUCAAAAGCGUGAAACUGCCUGCUGGUCGAUAUUAAUCAAGUCUGGCGAUACUUGUGCCACCUUAGCCGAAAAAUGUGGCAUCACGACGACCAAGUUCUCCGAAUACAACACAGACUCUUCUCUUUGCUCAACUCCAACAGCUGGAAAGCCCGUUUGCUGCUCAUCUGGGACCCUUGAUUUACCUCCUGAAGCAGGCAGUGAUGGUCUCUGCUACAGUUAUACCCUUCAGGCUGACGACACCUGUGCGAUUAUCGCAGACGGAUAUGAGAUCACAGUUGAUGAGAUCAAGGCGUACAAUAAUGCUACAUUUGGCUGGAAUGGCUGUAAUAAGCUGGAUCAGGGCUCCUUCAUUUGUCUGAGCUCGGGAUCCCCGCCUAUGCCGGUCUCGCUUCCGGACGCUAUCUGUGGGCCGCAGGUACCUGGUACCGUACGUCCGAGUAAUAUGUCAGAUCUUGAUGAUUUGAAUCCUUGUCUUGGCACAAAUUGCAAGUGUAAUCUAAGUGUGGGACAGUGCUACAAUACUGUCGAUUCUAACUCGGGAUGUGCCACGGGUACAGCCGCUGUGGCUAUUUCCACCAGUACCGCGAGGGCUGUAACGACGGUUUCGACGAAAUCGAAGGCUACUAUAAGCAAGACAAAAUCUACUUUAACGGAGCCAACAACCUCGACCAAGACAUCGAAAAGCAUCCAAGAGAAAGAAACAACCGAUUCAGCCUCCAAAAAAGAGUCUGCCACCACCUCGACGACAUCGAUAAUCCAAAUCACAACAGUAUCUUGGACAAAAUCUACAUCAACAACACCAACAACCUCCGUUGUCGAAAUCACAACUGCCUCCUCGACCUCAAAAUCUUCUAAAGCCCACUCAACAACAACUCACACAAGCUCAAGCUCAUCCCCCAACCCGGAAACAACGAGCACCAUAAAGUCCACCUCCACGACCACCUCCGCCGCCGCCUCAACAUCAUCCUACAGUCCUUGGGAAGUGACGAUGUACAGCGAGAAAGACUGUGAGGGCGAUUACUACCUUCUCUCAGGAAUAAACCUGGACUUCUCAUCAAAUUGCCUCGGUCUCCACAGCGGUCUGUCCUCCGCCUUCACUGAAACAGGAACCUGGUGUCGCUGGUAUACAGAUGGCGGAAGUAAAUCGACAGAUUGUGAUGCGGGAACACUGGAGACGCCUGCAUCCUGGUACUUUACCAAUGCCAUGUGUCAGGUGUUUCCUUCUGAGGACUGCACAAAUACCAAUGGGACGGCGCAGGCUUAUACCUCUGCUGGUGGAAGUGCAUGUACCAAUUUUGCAGAUGCGGCAUUUAAGGUUUCGCCUUGGGGGUCGCUCUGGUGUAGUGGAGUUGAUAGUGAAUAUUUGUAG